CGCGGGGCGGUGGUACGCUCCAGCUGCUGGCUGCGAGUGGGUCCUUUUUGGCGUUUGCCGGGUGUACCGUCUCCAUUCCGCCCUGUUGGGAGGAGGACGCGGAGGAGGGGUUCUGUGGGGGCAGAGCUGGGAGCCCCGAAGAAGAAGGAGCAGCCGGGGGGCUCUGGAGCGCUGAGGGGAGGGCUGCGGCCUCGAGCAAGGGGGGCAGCCGAGACGGGCGGACUCCUGCAGGCAGGGUCCGAACCGCUGGGUUCUGGGCUGGUCCGGCGGAGGGCCGGGGCAGCCUCGCGAUGCUCGGGGCCCGGUGCCUGCUCCGAACCCUGCGCUCCUGUUCCUCCGCUCCCUGCCCUAGGCACAAACCUUCAGCCAAACUGAGCGUGAGGGACGCUCUCAGGGCCCAGGACACGAGUGGGGAGCGCGUUAAGGUCCAGGGAUGGAUUCGUUCAGUCAGAUCCCAGAAGGAAGUCUUGUUCCUGCAUGUAAAUGAUGGGUCAUCUUUGGAAAACCUUCAGGUUGUUGCAGAUUCAAGUUUUCACAAUAGAGAAUUGACUUUUGGGAGUUCUGUGGAAGUCCAAGGGCAGCUGGUAAAAAGCCCAUCCAAAAGGCAAAAUGUGGAAUUGAAAGCAGAAAAAAUUGAAGUUAUUGGAAAUUGUGAUGCCAAGGCUUUCCCUAUCAAAUAUAAAGAAAGGCAUCCUUUGGAAUACUUGAGACAAUACCCUCACCUCAGGUGUAGGACCAAUGUUCUGGGUUCUGUACUGAGGGUUCGCAGUGAAGCUACAGCUGCCAUUCAUUCUUUCUUUAAGGACAGAGGCUUUGUACAGAUUCAUACCCCUAUAAUCACAUCCAAUGACUGUGAAGGGGCUGGAGAACUUUUUCAAAUUGAACCUUCAAGCAAAAUAAAAGUACCUGAGGAGAAUUUCUUCAAUGUUCCUGCUUUCUUAACUGUCUCAGGACAACUUCAUCUAGAAGUGAUGUCAGGAGCUUUUACUCAAGUGUUUACCUUUGGUCCAACAUUCCGAGCUGAAAAUUCUCAGAGCCGUAGACACCUGGCAGAGUUUUAUAUGGUAGAAGCAGAGAUUUCAUUUAUUGAGAGCCUUCAAGAUCUCAUGCAGGUUUUGGAGGAGCUCUUCAAGACUACAACAAUGAUGAUUCUCUCAAAUUGUCCUGAGGAUGUUGAACUGUGUCACAAAUUCAUAGCUCCUGGCCAAAAGGACAGAUUAGAACAUAUGCUAAAAAACAGCUUUGUAAUCAUGUCUUAUACCGAAGCGGUAGAGAUCUUAAAGCACGCAUCCUACAACUUCACCUUCACCCCAGAGUGGGGUGUUGAUCUACAAACUGAACAUGAAAAGUACCUGGUGAAGCACUGUGGCAACAUACCAGUCUUCGUCAUUAAUUAUCCAUUAGCACUAAAGCCUUUCUACAUGAGGGAUAAUGAAGAUGGCCCUCAGCACACGGUUGCUGCUGUUGAUCUUCUGGUUCCUGGUGUUGGGGAACUCUUUGGAGGAAGCCUCAGAGAAGAACGGUACCAUUUCUUAGAGCAGCGCUUGGCCAGAUUAGGACUUACAGAAGUCUACCAAUGGUAUCUGGACCUUCGUCGAUUUGGAUCUGUGCCACAUGGAGGUUUUGGAAUGGGAUUUGAACGUUACCUGCAGUGCAUCUUGGGAGUUGACAAUAUCAAAGAUGUUAUCCCUUUUCCAAGGUUUACUCAUUCAUGUCUUUUAUAGCUGGAAGAUUGGUUAAGGAAAAGCACUCCAUGGCAAAGGCACUGCACAUGAAAUGCAUACAGGAGAAUGCACGUUUGGAGUUUAGAAAUGCAAGUUUCGAUAUAUAAUUGUGUCAUAAGAUAUGACAUAUAAAAAUAGAAGUGAUUAUGAUUUUCUUAGAAAGUUCAGGGCAUUUCAUGGAAGGAUGAACUCCAAGAAGAGGUACGUAUAGCAAGUGGACUCUCAAAUGUAUUACCUCAAGAAGAAAUGAAGCUGGACUCAGUGGCUCAGCCUAUAAUCCCAGU